AUGAUGAAGCAGCAGCGGACAAGGGUGUGUAGAGUGCGGCUCGACGGGGAAGUCACAGUGCGGCGUUUGUUGCCGCCGCAGCUGCGCACAACCGCCAGCAUCCGCCACGGCGAGCUGGAGGAGCCGAUUGAACGGGUGGCUGAGCGUGUCGGUGUGGACGUGGAGACCAUAGAGGGCCUAGUAGAUGCCCAAGGUCUCACGCUCUUUGGGAAGCUACAGCACGGCGCGGAAAUCUUUCUUGCCGGCGCCGUCGCGGCGAGUAGCAUUAUCAGCAAAGGUGAAAACGGCGGUGCCGGCGACAUGGCGUCGUUGAUGCUGCUGCCGCCUGAUGCGACAGUGGCGUGGGCGUACGACCCGCGGAUGCUGCUGCACGUGCCGCCGGUCGACCGUGUGCCGGAGACGCCGUACCGCCUACAGCGUGCAGUGGAGUCCCUCCAAGCGGCCCCCCGGGCCAUGGAGCUGCUCCCGUUAGAGCUGCGCCGCCAGGAGGGGGAAGAGAAGGAAACAACUACAACUGCAGUGGCUGAGGCAAAAGGUACGACUAAGACUGCUACUGCCAUUAAGAGUGAUGUGGAUCCUCAGACGCCUGCCUUGGAAUCGUGCUGGAUUUCGCCACGGCUGGCGACGCUCGACGAGUUUGCGUUGUGUCACGACACAGCACGGUACCACGACUUUGUUGAACACGGAACUGCGCUGGCCCCACCACUAAAGACGGACGUAUAUUGCAACGAUGGCACCAGUAGCACUGCAACCCGCCUUGCUGUUGCCGCUGUGAUUGACGCAGCACGCCGGGCAUUGCGUGGUGCCCCAUCGUUCGCUUUCUGCCUUGUGCGUCCACCAGGUCACCAUUGUACCGCCGAUACCCCGAGUGGCUUCUGCCUCGCCAACAAUGUCGCCAUUGCUGCACGUCAGCUGCUGCAUGACUGGCGCAGCAGCGGCAAAAGCAACGGUGCAAAGAGUGCUCCGCCUCACAUCGCGAUUGUCGACCUCGACGUGCACCAUGGGGAGGGGACACAGACAUUCGUGGAGGAGGAGUCACCGUACGGCACGGCGUCGGUCUCGCCGCUGCUGUACCUAUCGCUGCACCGCUACGACCACGGUACUUUCUACCCGUGCGACCCACGCGGUGACACCGCCUAUGUGGGCCGCCACCACAACGUUUGCAACGUCGCCGUCCACACAGGCGCCAGCGACCCGUCGUGCUGCGAGGAGGUGCUGAGCGACGCCGUCUUUGAGCGGGUGGUGGAUGAUGUCUUCCUACCGCGCCUGCAGAAGUUCCGUCCAGACAUUGUGUUGCUGUCACUCGGGUUUGACGCGGCGUACGGCGACCCACUUGGCCGCAUGGCAGUGGAGGGCGGCUUCGCGUAUGCUGUGCGGGCACUAAAGCGUUUCUGCAUACAGCAGCAGCGGCCUGCGGGCCUUGUGGUGGCGUUGGAGGGCGGCUACUCGCCAGAGGCUGUGGCGCAGGGUGUUGUUGCUGUUGCCCACGCCUUGCGGUACCCGGCGGAUGACGCCGAUGUUGUGCGUUACGCCUCGCGCCGCGUGCCCAAAACGUGGCAGGACCUCCGCCAGCGCCUCGCACGCAAGAAACUCGCAGCACAGCAACAAAAACAAACAGAAGGUCAUAAUGAACAUCAACAAGAGAAGAAAUCAAAAGAUGAGGUGUCGUGUGCUGCAAUAUCUGCGCCCCCUGCGCGGGACGGUGGGGUGGGUGCGGCACUGAUGCAGAUACCGGAGGACGAGGUGCUUCUGGAGAAACACUUGCGGUGGUGCGAUCGGCUCAUUGCGCGUGUGUUGGCCACACACGCCGAGGCCAACAGGAGAAAGUAA